AUGUCGCGCGGCGCACUGCUGGAUGACGAGACCCUGGAGCUGGACGUGGCACAGCCCCUGAAGAAGCGGCUUACGUGGGGUGACAUCCCAGGCGCGCUGGAGCUGCUGGAGCCGUUUGAGCCGCGCGCGCCGCCACGCGAGCCGGUAUACGACUCCAAGGAGUGGAUCAACUCGCACUACCCCCGCUACGGCUACGCGGCCCGCAGCCCCCUGUACAGCUGGCGCGACUGGGCGGCUACUGCGCUGCCUGUGGACGAUGUGGCGGUGUACCUAGCUACCGAGCAGCUCAUGGCGGACAACGAGCAGCGCGGGGGGUUGGUUAAGCAGGCACAGUGGGAGCUGGCGCGUCUGUGGGACUGGCAGCAGAGGCGUGUGAGUCUGGGGCUACCCCCCGACCUGCCAGCAGGCGCACCGGCAAGCAGCUCUGUUCAACCGAUGCAACCAGGUGGCAGCCAUGUCGCUGCAGAGGCCGAUGCUCCUGGCAACAGCAACUGCACCAGCAGGAGCAGCGGCGACGGCGGCGUCCGUCCGGCGCCAGCUGCUGCGGCUGAUGAAGGCGCCUUGCCUGUUCAGGGGGCUACAGAAGCCGGGGAUGCAACAGGUGCUGCAUCAGAGGCGGGCCUUGCUCAGGAACAAGCAGGGGGGUUGUCUGUCGAAGAGGGCAGUGGCGAAG